GAGACAUCCAAGCAGGAGCUGGCGCUGGCUGGCAGGGGUGGGCGGGCGGAGGCGUGCGGGCGAGAGGCGGGGGCGCGGGGGCAGGCGCGGGGAGCGGCGAGUAUAACUCGGCGGCCACGCGGCGCCGGGGCACUUGCCCGGGUCUGCAGCCAGCACCACGAGGAGCCCCGCGAUCCCGCGCGCCACUGACCGCUUCGCCCAGGCAGGAGCGCGUCGCCCGGGCCGGGCGCGCCGAGCCGGGCGGCGGCGGCUGAGCGCAACUUGGCCUCGCCGGUCCCGGGUCGCGCUCUUGCCCCGCGCGUCUCUGCACCCCCCGGGCGGCCGGGUCCCCCGCGCGUGCUCCCCGGACCUGCGCCUGGGCGGCCGGGAAGAUGAUGAUGAUGUCGUUGAACAGCAAGCAGGCGUUCAGCAUGCCGCACGGCGGCAGCCUGCACGUGGAGCCCAAGUACUCGGCCCUGCACAGCGCCUCGCCCGGCUCGGCCGCGCCCGCGGCGCCCGCCGCCAGCUCCCCCAGCAGCUCCAGCAACGCGGCGGGCGGCGGCGGCGGCGGCGGGGGCGGCGGCGGCCGGAGCAGCAGCGCGAGCAGCAGCGGCAGCGGCGGCGGCGGCGGCGGCGGCGGGGGCUCCGAGGCGUUGCGGAGAGCGUGUCUUCCAACCCCACCGAGCAAUAUAUUCGGAGGGCUGGAUGAGAGUCUGCUGGCCCGCGCCGAGGCUCUGGCGGCGGUGGACAUCGUCUCCCAGAGCAAGAGCCACCACCACCACCCGCCUCACCACAGCCCCUUCAAGCCAGACGCCACCUACCACACCAUGAACACCAUCCCGUGCACGUCGGCCGCCUCGUCGUCGUCCGUGCCCAUCUCGCACCCGUCCGCCUUGGCCGGCACGCACCACCACCACCACCACCACCAUCACCAUCACCACCAGCCGCACCAGGCGCUGGAGGGAGAGCUGCUGGAGCAUCUGAGUCCCGGGCUGGCCCUGGGCGCGAUGGCGGGCCCCGACGGCGCGGUGGUGUCCACGCCGGCGCACGCACCGCACAUGGCCACCAUGAACCCCAUGCACCAAGCCGCGCUCAGCAUGGCCCACGCGCACGGGCUGCCCUCGCACAUGGGCUGCAUGAGCGACGUGGACGCCGACCCCCGGGACCUGGAGGCGUUCGCCGAGCGCUUCAAGCAGCGGCGCAUCAAGCUGGGGGUGACGCAGGCCGACGUGGGCUCGGCGCUCGCCAACCUCAAGAUCCCCGGCGUGGGCUCGCUCAGCCAGAGCACCAUCUGCAGGUUCGAGUCCCUCACCCUGUCGCACAACAACAUGAUCGCGCUCAAGCCCAUCCUGCAGGCGUGGCUGGAGGAGGCCGAGAAGUCCCACCGCGAGAAGCUCACCAAGCCCGAGCUCUUCAACGGCGCCGAGAAGAAGCGCAAGCGCACGUCCAUCGCGGCGCCCGAGAAGCGCUCGCUCGAAGCCUACUUCGCCAUCCAGCCGCGGCCGUCGUCGGAGAAGAUCGCCGCCAUCGCCGAGAAGCUGGACCUUAAGAAAAACGUGGUGCGCGUCUGGUUCUGCAACCAGCGGCAGAAACAGAAAAGAAUGAAAUAUUCCGCGGGCAUUUAGGAGACCCCUGGCCUCGCCACGGACAGCACCGCCACCCGCAUCCCUCCCCGUUCCUACUUGUCCCUACUCCCUCCCCCCCCCCCAAUCCCUUCUCUCCUGCCUAUUUCCUUCCCGUUCUGGGCGCCCAGAAAUCAAUUCCAGAAAAUGUGAAUCCGGUGACAGCCGGGGCUGGAGACUGGACUGGCAAACCCCCCCACGCCAAGUGAGCCACUGAGUCCCAGGCCCGGCGAGAAAAAGUGCAACGAGUUCUCCAAGCAAAGAGAAGCUGCCGCAGGGAUUCGUGAAGUUGUAGCAAAGUCGCCCCCUUUCACCCCCACUCUACCCGGAAGAGGCACUUGGGCACCUUCAGAGACAGUCUGGAGCUGGGCUGCUUGCAGGAGGCAGCCGCGACAGCCCUUUCGCAGGCCGCAAGAACGAGCAAGUAAGAUUUGUUUUUAUUCUUAAAGACAGCACUCCCUGUUCAAAUUGAAAAAAAAAGUACACUUUGCAGCUAUUUUUCAGAAAUAGAAAUUGAUUCAGAACUGAAACUUUAAACUAGAGUUCAUGCUUGAUGUGAUAGAGACAUCUCUAAAGUAUUUUGAAUUUUAAAAAGAAGAUGGCAGAUUUUCUGCAUUUACACUGUAUAUUAUAUACAUAUAUAUUUUUAUUGUGGUUCUUACCCCCCCUUCUCUCCUCUCUCAAGUGUUAAUGUUUAAGAAAGGAGGUACGCCUGCUGUGUUCACUGAUCUUGAAAGCUAUUAUUAGAUUAUCACCCAACAACCCUCUGUAAAUUAUUAAUUUAUCUCUCUAGCAGUUUAAUUUUGUGCACAUUCUAAUUAAUUAACUUCUUUAGUAUUAAAAAAACCAGAGGGGGGGAAUGUAUGGUUUAGUGGCAGUACAAUUUUUUUGUUUGAUGAGUUUACUGAAUUUUUACGGCUUUUCUCCUGUAAUAUGUUUCUUUUGGGCCGUUUGUAUAUUCUCACUUUAAAUGAAGAUUGUUUUUCUUUGUUUUUUUGCUGGUAGUGUUCUGAUUUGUGAGUUGACACUCAGUAAUUGAUGUCUUAAUCGUGUAGAUCUGAUUCACUGUCCAAAGUAUUGUUUACUUCGUUACAUAUUUAAUGGGGAUUCCCACAUUGUUCCUACUACACACGUGCUCUGGCUUACACACACACACAUACACACACACACACACCUCCAAUGGAGGAGAAGAUAUGAAGCAAUUGAUAGCCUGGUGACCUAUGCAUCUGUUUUCCAGCUUUGGGUGCAUUGCCCCUUGGUGUUUGCCCUUCCGGAUUCUAAAAUUUCACCAGGGUAAUUCAGUCUUCUCAUUUUCAAUUGCUCUGUUGACUACAUUCUAACGUUUUCAGGAAUCCUUCCGUUUUUUCCCUUUGGAGGUUUGUUUGUAGAAAACCUAAUUUGAAUGAUAAGAAAGACGGUGCACUGCUUGCACAUUCACAUUGUUUGGUAGAAUUCUUUUGGAACAACAAAUUGGGCACACAAUGACUGAAACCUUAUCAGUUGUAAAUAUUUCAUUCAAAAUGAUGCACAUAUAGAUAUAUUCUUACAAAUUUUGCUGUAUUCUUGUUCCAAUUGAGGCUCUCAGAAGUCUUGAGUUCUGUAUAUGACCUGGUUUUUGUUUUUUUGUUAAUAGUUGGUUGAUUUUCAAUGGUAAUGUAUUAAGUUAAUUUUGGUGUUGUUUGAUUGUCUUUCAUUGAAGAGAUGAUUUUAAUGUUUUAUCGGCGAAGUAUGAUGCUUUUUUCAUUAAAAUAUGCUAUUGAAAUUAAAUGGCUUUGAAAAUGUGA